GCAUGUGUCCAGACCCAUCCCUCUGACACCCCGCUGUCAUCCACCAUCACUCCUCCGGGCAGAGCACGCCUUCCCUGACCGCAGAUCCAGACUGUAAAAGGUGAUGAUGUUGAUGAUGAUGAUCCUCGGGGGCAGUAUUUAAAGCCCCAGGAAAGCGGAAGCCUGGUCUGGGCCGAGUUGUCAGCUGACAGGACGGAGACAGGGAGGUGCUGUAGUUGGCUAGCGCAGCUCAGACAGCUCUAGCUGAGCUGUUGCAUCCUUGUUUUGUUGUUCCUUCUGACCUACAGUGAAAAUGGAGUGAGGAGACAAAGCGAGGCUAAAGGGGCGCUGAGACCGAAGAAGAGGCAUUGUUCUCCGGUGGAAAGCAGCAGGCGUUCGCUCUCGAUUGUUAUCUCCCCCCGUCGCUUCUGUCUGUACGGCCAGCGUCUGGACGCGGCGACCAUGACGACAGGCGGGUGCUGCCACCUGCCCGGCUCCCUGUGCGACUGUUCCGGCACGGGGGCCAUGUGGAAGAUUGUCGAGGAGGCGGGCGGCGAAGGAUGCCAGGCCCUCUACGUCACUCAGGUCACAGCGCUGGACGGGCGGCUGCUGUCCUCCGUGCUCAAACCCAUGAGCGUGCAAAGCGACGGUCCCAUCUGCCGCAUUUGCCACGAGGGGGGCAGCAGCGAGGGUCUCCUGUCCCCGUGUGACUGCACGGGCACGCUGGGCACCGUGCACAAGAGCUGCCUGGAGAAGUGGCUGUCGUCGUCCAACACCAGCUACUGCGAGCUCUGUCACACAGAGUUCAGCAUCGAGAGGCGACCCAAGCCGCUCAAAGAGUGGCUGCAGGACCCCGGCCCUCGUAACGAGAAGCGGACGCUGUUCUGCGACAUGGUGUGCUUCCUCUUCAUCACGCCGCUGGCGGCGAUCUCCGGCUGGCUGUGCCUGAGGGGGGCUCAGGACCACCUUCGCAUGGGCAGCUGGCUGCAGGCCGUGGGCCUCAUCGCGCUCACCAUCGCCCUCUUCACCAUCUACGUCCUCUGGACCCUGGUCUCUUUCCGCUACCACUGUCAGCUCUACUCCGAGUGGAGGAGAACAAAUCAGAAAGUGCGUCUUCUCAUCCCAGAAGCCAGGGAGUCCAGCUCUUCCCAGCAUUCCUUGCUCUCUAACAAACUGAAGAAGUCUGCCAGUGAGAGUAUAGUAUGAGAGCAGGUGGAGACAUGUGGGAAGCUUGCAUCAAGUUUGUUGACUGGACUUCAAAGAAGCACUUUUGGGCUCUUUUUUUUUUUUUUUUUAAAUGUUUUUAUUUGUUUUACUUUUUAUUGUUUUCUUCCUUUUUUGCAUAUUUUGUCACUCCAUCUUAAAAAUGCGUUCUGCAGGACCGCAUUCGUUUUUUCAUCAUUGGAUGUUUGAUAAGGUUUAUGCAGAAAAGCAAAGCAGAAGAGACUGAGAGACGGCAUGUGAUGUUCAGAAGCAUACAUGUUGUCCGACUCAUCAUGAGGGAUGUGAGGAUGAUGAGGGGGCUCUGCUAAACCAUAAACGGAUUUCCAUAAUCGUCCCCCGCAGUUCGGCAACCUCUCUUACAAAAGUAUUCACUCCCUGAAGUGUUUUCCAUUCAGGCAUGACCUCAAAUUAACCCUCAAUUUUGGAAAAAAAUAAAAUAAAACACUGAAAAAUGUAGUUCACAUUUUUCAGGUUGCGAACUACAGUUACCCCUACAUAUAAAAGUGUAACCAGCUGCCAUGAAAAGACACCCAGUUUGUAACUGUGUAACGUCUUAACAGUAUUUAAAGGAAAUCUUUUGCAAGGCUCUGCAGAAUGAUUUCGCAGUGUGACGAAAACGGUAACUGCACCCUAAGCGGCGUGUUUUGUGUUGACGUGUUUUAACCUGCUCUGCCUCUCUGCCAUUUGUGACUCACUGCCGUAUGAGUGUGCUCUCAUAUUACUGUGACUGGGGCAGGUUGGGGGGAAAAAAAACCUCCCUUCUUUGAUUUAUACUUCACAACCCAGAUGUUGGUUAUGCAGUUUGUGUUUAAACGCGCGACUCAGAUUUUUCAUUGUUUUUUUUUGUUUGUUUUUUUUUUUCAUUCUGGUCUAGUGAGGGAUGACUGUGUAGCAUGAGGUUGUGCAAUAACAACACAGUGGAAAUUGAAGCUUUUACUGUAAACAAAGACACUAACAUGCAGUUAUGCAUGUCAACCUCACAAUUAGUUAUUUUGGGGUUUGUUUGUUUUUUUGUUGGUGUAUUUUUAAAUUCACUUUAGACUGGAUUUCUUGUUUCCAGCUGAAGCAGGAUUCGCCAGCAAGGUUUUUGUAUCAUCAGCACUUAACAUGUCUGUGUUUAUUUGGAGGGACAGAAAAUAAAACGGCUUUUAAAAGAACGUUAUAUAUUUACCUAGAGUAUUGCAGAAGCAUACUCUAGGUUUUGAGUUAAACGUUGCUGUAGGAAUCAGCUUUGUGAUGGUCAGACUAGUGGUUGGUGAUGUGGACGCCUACCUUGGUGCAGUAUUCUCUGCAUGUGAGCCUUCUAGAGCAGGAGCGUCAAACUCAGUUGCAUUUUGGGCCGUUUCAAAAAUCAGGAUGUUCUUAAAGGGCCGGUUGUGCCAGAAUGCGUUGAUAAAAACCCAUUAAACCACAGGUGUCAAACUCCAGUCCUGCAACUUUUAGAUGUUCCUCUGCUGCACCACCUGAAUAGAAUAAUUAGGUCAUUAAGGCUCUGGAGAACUGAUCUAGGAGGAGGUAAUGAAGCCAUUUCAUUCCAGUGUUUUGUACCUGUAGCACAUCUAAAAACUGCAGGACAGCGGCCCCUUGAGGACUGGAGUUUGACACCUUUAUUAAACUGUUAAAAUAUGAACGAACAAAGAUGUCUCCAGGAUUUUGUGAUUGUUUUUUUUGGGGGGAGGGGGCUUUUUGUAAUCAAAAUCACAAAUUUUGUGAUGCUAAUUUAGAAAUAUUUGUAAGAAAUUUUUAUGAUAUUUGAGUUAAUGUAUAAUGUAAAUUUGUGAUUUCUUUUUUUUUUUUUUUUUUUCUUGACAUCAAGUAAGGCUUGGGCAGCAGUCACUUAAACUCAAUGUUUUUGACCAAUUUGAGAAAAAAAAUUGCAGUAAAAUCAGAAACAAUGGAGAUCUGUUGAUUUAAAAAAAAUUAUAAUAAUUAUGUGAAUUUUGAGGAUUUGUGAAAAACUAGAGGGAUUUAUUGAUGUAAUUUAGAGUCCAGACGGUCACAUAAAAAAGCUACAACAGGCCAGAUUUGGUCCCCAGGCCUUGAGUUUGACACCUGUGCUCUAGAGGGAUCAUAUAAGUGCCAGUGCAAGAAGAGCUGCUCCACAAGAACACCCUCCAAAUCGUCCAGUUGGAGUGAAAAGCGAGCGCCUCCUCAUGCCCAGUUAAAUACGUCAACUAUAAACCUAGCUUAUUAUAUUUUGUGGUAUUCCAUUUAAUAAGGAUAAAAAAAAACUUAUAGAAAAACUAAUCUGUAUAUUUUUUGACAGUAUGUCUAUCACCUGUUUGUCAAAGCUUCACAUACACAAUGCCUUAAAAAUAAAUAUUUCCUGUUGUGAUAUAGGCUGAAACGUCCGCUGUUGGUAUUUUACAGCUAAUUUAAUUUAAACAUUUUUGAUAUUUAUUGAAACACCCAUGAAACCAAAAAUAUGUCCAAACAACAGCAGUACAAAAAUCUCAACCAAACUGUCAGCUUUUAAACAUCAAGUAAAGUUUACGCCAUAAAUCACAGUUUUUACCAAGAUGAUAUUUUUAUUACGCCUAAAUCAAACUUCCUAGUUUGCUAUUAUCACAUAAGUGAUCAUAUGCAUGUUUACCUUGUAGAUGCAUCUGUUUUUCCAAGCGCAGUGCAGUUGCAACUUCAGGAUGGAAAGCUUGGUUUUCAACACUAAGUUUACAGUAACCGGGCGGAUGAAACGGUCUUAGAUUUUCAGGAUGUGAACUUGUGCCACAAAAUGCUUCUGUUGGAGAUUUUGUAUAACAGAAAAGUGUGUUAUGGGUAUUUGAUUAUUAUUUUUUACACACACAAUAAUGUUUACACUAGCUUCUACCAGUAAAUAUUUGCUCACUGUUUAUU